AUGUAGACAACCCACAUGCCACGUAAUUCGGGGACUAGUUUCGUAAUUUGGGCCUCUUUCUUACCAGCAGCACACCACAGCAUAUGUACAGUCAAAUUCCUUGUUGACUCUCUCCAUCGUGUUAUCCAUCAUUCAUCAGAAUUCAUAACCGCAUAAGCCCAUGCCUCGUAUCUCUAUAUAAACGCUCACUUGCUCCCCCGUUUCCUCUACACCUUAUUCCCUCUCUUACCCACACUCUUCCCAACCAAAACCAAAAAUUAAUAUUACUCAUUAUGGCUCCCAGGGAUAAGACGGCUGCCGUUAAGGUUAACGGCAAAGCUAGCGCCGGCGUUAAAGAGGUACAUUUUAGGGGUGUUAGGAAGAGGCCAUGGGGAAGGUACGCUGCUGAGAUCAGAGAUCCAGGCAAGAAGAGCCGCGUUUGGCUCGGCACCUUCGACACCGCCGAGGACGCAGCGCGUGCAUACGACGCCGCCGCCCGAGAGUUCCGUGGCCCAAAGGCUAAGACCAACUUCCCCUUUCCUGAUUCCGACGACAACAACAAUAACAACAUCGUCGUCGUUAAGAACAACAACCGCAGCCCCAGCCAGAGCAGCACCGUCGAAUCUUCCAGCCGGGACCGCGACUCCUACUCCGCCGCUGCCACCGCAGCAGCUGAUUCGUCGCCCUUAGACCUUAACUUGGCCCCCGCUGGAGCCGGAUUCUCCGGAUCCAUUCGGUUCCCAUUCCAGCAGCCGUUCGCUGUGUUUCCCUGCCGGAUGCCGGCGGCGAAGCAGGCUCUGUACCUCGACGCGGUGCUGCGCGCCGGCAUGGUUGGUCACGGCCAGUUCGGUUUUGGUUAUAACCGUCCCGCGGCGGCGGGAGCGCAGAGUGACUCGGACUCUUCGUCGGUGAUUGAUCUGAACCAGCACGACGGCGAUGUCGCUAAGAAUCACGGAAGAGGCUUAGUUCUAGACCUGAACGAACCUCCUCCACAAGAGAUGGCUUGAAA